AUGGAUCCUAGAAACCCUUAUCGUUUUUGGGAUCAAAAUUUUGUUGAUCUUUUGAAUUCUCAAAAAGACUCCAACUCCUUCAAAAACUUUAGCCCUGGGUUCUCUUCUCAGCCUCUUAACAUAACCCCUACAUCUGAAUCUGAAGAUUGUAUCGAGGUUACAGCAGAUGAGAUUGAUGAAGACGGAGACACAGGAAGUAGGAAGCGGUGGAGUGCAGAGGAGGAUGUUCAUCUCAUAAGCGCUUGGUUAAACACAAGCAAAGAUCCAGUGGUGAGCAACGACCAGCGACUACAAAGUUUCUGGAAGAGGGUUGCAGACUAUUACAAAGCUCAUGAUGGAGAUGCUACUUCAAACGCAAGAGGGCCUUCACAAUGUAAGGCAAGGUGGAGUAAGAUAAAACACCAAGUCAACAAGUUUGUUGGGUGUUACUCACAAGCGAGUACAAGAAGGAAGAGUGGACAAUCAGAAGAUGAUGUUGUGAGCAUGGCGUAUGAGUUUUACAAGAAUGACAUGAAGAAGCCGUUUAUGCUUGGACAUUGUUGGAGAGAACUGAAGAAUGAUCAGAAACGGAUCACAGAACGACAUGAAGAAUGUAGCAAUAAGCGUACUAAGCUUGCUUCUAAAGGAGAUUUCUCAGCUCCUUCGAGCAUUGGUGGAGACGAGAUGAGGCCUCUGGGGGUUAAAGCUGCCAAGAAAAAAGGAAAGAAACCUGCAGUUAGUAUUGAUGUGGAUGAUGGUUCUGUCAGUAAGUUGGAUAAGAUAAUAGCAAUGAAGGAUCAAGAACAGGCGGCUAAAUAG